AUGACUCUCACUAUUUCUAGCCUGUCGAAUAUCAGUUCCAAGAUGAAUGGAAUAGCAACUGAGACCACUACUUCAGUCAAAGUGGCCAGCGCAGCGUCAAAGCUGCGCAACCUUAUCACGAACAGCAAGAUCCUUGUAUGUCCCGGGGUCUACGACGGAAUCUCUGCCCGAACUGCAUUGGAGCUUGCGGGAACCACCGCAUCUUGCUUGGGCAUGGCCGACCUGGGGGUAGCUCAGCUUCACGAUAUGCGAACCAAUGCCGAGAUGAUCGCCAACCUCGACCCCUUCGGUCCGCCUUUAAUUGCAGACAUGGAUACUGGGUAUGGAGGCCCUCUCAUGGUCUCCAGGGCCGUCCAGAGUUAUAUCCAAGCUGGUGUGGCCGGUUUCCAUAUUGAGGACCAGAUCUUGACCAAGCGUUGUGGACACCUGAAGGGCAAGAAGGUGGUGGAGCUUGAGGAGUAUUUGACUCGGAUCCGCGCUGCAAAUUUAACAAGAGAGCGGCUACAAUCAGAUAUUGUUCUAAUUGCCCGCACUGAUGCAUUGCAGCAGCAUGGGUACGAUGAAUGUAUCCGCCGCCUGAAAGCUGCCCGUGAUCUGGGCGCUGACUGCGGGCUUCUGGAGGGCCUUACAUCCAAAGCGAUGGCCAAGCAGGUGGUCCAAGACCUUGCUCCCUGGCCACUCGUUCUCAAUAUGGUGGAGAACGGCGUCGGUCCCGUCAUUACCGUGGCUGAAGCAGAAGAGAUGGGGUUCCGCGUGAUGCUUUUCUCUUUCGCGUGCUCGAUCCCAGCUUACUUGGGUAUCCGCACUGCUCUGGAAAAUCUCAAGACACGCGGAGUGGUGGGCACACCAGAUGGGUUUGGACCUCGCAAUUUAUUUGAAGCCUGUGGCCUUGGGACUGCGAUGGCUAUCGAUAUGGAUGCUGGUGGCAUUGGAUUUGUGAACGGGACCUAA